AUGUCAGAACGACCACAGUGCGGCGGAGGUGGCAUCAGCCAGGAUGACUACGACCUGCCACUUCAUGUUGCUGCUGUCUUUAUGGUCUUUGCUUUCAGCAUCGGAGGAGCUGGCUUCCCGGUGGCUGGAAAGAGGAUGCCAUGGAUGAGGAUUGCACCUGGCAUUCUCUUCUUCUGCAAGCAUUUUGGCACAGGUGUCUUGGUUGCCACAGCAUUCGUCCAUCUUAUUCCUACCGCCUUCUCUUCCCUGACGGACCCAUGUCUGCCUCCUCUCCUGACCGAAGAAUACCCGGCCAUGCCUGGGGUCAUCAUGAUGGCCGCGCUCUUUGCUCUAUUCACCGUCGAGAUGUACCUCAAAGCCAAGGUUGGUGGCCACUCUCACGGCGGACCGACGGGUCACGGUACCGCGGCUCUGGCCGAUCAAGGGGCUCGACCAGGAACCCGUGGUCACCAGACCCUUCCGUCGUAUGGGACGGCCGCUCGAACUGGGGAGCACGUUGUAUAUCCGGACUACGAAAAGCCUCACGCCUACACCCAUACCUACGAAGUAACGCCGGCGUCCCGUGAGGAAAUAGAACAAUACAACAACCUCGCCGAGAUGCCUACGUGGUUCCAGGUCUUCUACGCCCAAUAUGUCCGACAGCGAGAGGAGCUCAAGGCCAUGAUCGUGGCGGUUACUCCUCGAGCUGCACCCGUCUUUACUGAGACAUCAUCUUUUGACGACCGUUCGUCGAUCGUCUUGUCAGAUACGGAAUCACUCGCCGACGAGCUGACCCUCAAACGCAUGAACUUGAACAUUACUCUUCUUGAAGGUGGUAUUCUCUUCCAUUCGAUCUUCGUAGGCAUGACCAUCUCGAUUACAAGUGAUGGCUUCGUCGUCCUUCUCAUCGCGAUCCUGUUCCAUCAAUUCUUCGAGGGCCUGGGACUCGGAUCUCGCAUCGCCGCGGUGCCUUAUCCGAACAAGGCUGUCCGGCCUUGGCUUCUGGUUGUUGCAUUCGGACUCACCUGCCCCAUCGGACAGGCCAUUGGACUGUUGACCCGCAACUCGUACGAUCCUUCCAGCGCUUUUGCGUUGAUUCUAGUGGGCGCUUUCAAUGCCUUUUCCUCGGGCCUCCUGAUAUAUGCAGCGACAGUCGAUCUGCUGGCGGAGGACUUCCUUUCCGAAGAAGCUCAGUUGACCCUGACGAAGAAGGACAAGAUAAUGGCAUUUAUCUACGUUCUGCUUGGAGCCGCCGGCAUGGCUAUAGUCGGAGCGUUUGCAUGA